UUUCCUUGAAGAGCGCGCAUGCGUACCUAACGUUACUCUUUUGUGGCCGUUACUUCGCUUUCGCGUUGCUCUUGCGGCCAACUCGCCUUUUGCUUAGUUUGCUGUAUUUACCUUGAUUCGACGCCACGCCGUGGACUCACUCUCUACGAACGAUUGAACGGGAACACUUUUUUUUUCGAGUCUGUGAGCGUUUAAGAGUAUCUCAGUUUUUAAAUCCUUUUCGCCUGAAAUUUCAUCGCUCGCCUACCUGUCCCCGUCUUUGCUGUGGUUCUCGCAGGUGUCGUUCUUUUGACAGAUCGUCUCGGUGCUGCACUACGGUUCUUUUCAAUUGCUUUGCUUGAGAAUCUAUAGUAAGGGGAUAGUUUCACUCCGUGACUCUACGUAACUACGCCCCAUUUAGGCAAAUUCAUGAACAAUAUAAAAUUCUUCUUGACAACUGCGAGUCUCAAAGAAUUAUUUACCGAUGGUCAACUAGGUAGAGAGAGAGAGAGAGAGCUUACACCAUCAAAGGACUUUUGGGCUAAUCGAACAACAUCCAUAUAAGCACAUACCCCUAGAAAGGAUGGUAAGCUCCCGAUCACCAGCUGUAACAGUCUCUCAUACAACUGUAUCUACAUCUGCUGCUGUAUCUAACAAUAGUGUUGUACCGGACAUCAAUACCACCAGUGAUGCAAAUGGUGAUCUAACUUCUAACGGAGAUGAUAAUCAAAAUGAUGGUAUAAACCUAGGAAGGGUGGCAGGAGAAUGGAAUCAGAGUGGACCUUCUUCGCUCUCCAUGUCUGUGGAUGUACAUGGUUCAGUUACCUCAAAUCUUGCUGAGACUGGAUCUUAUACAGAUACACUUGGACAAGAGCAUAAUAAUAUCAUUAAAGUUGGUAACGAGGAGGAAGAAAGUUACGAAGGAUUUGGCUACGUUCAGGUUGAUGGUGAUGGUGAAGAGGACACAGAAUCACCAGGAGGCAGUAGCUCCGCACCAUCUCCAACAGGACCAAAUCCUCUACGUAACGCCAGAAGUCCGACUUCUACAUUCGGUAAACAUUCUUGGCUCAGAAGUUCAUUAAGGCGAACACCUCCAUGCACCGGAAAAAAGAGGCUUAGUUCUAAUGCCUUAGCAAGCCAGCUCUACCGUAGUAGCAGUUUCAACAGUUCCGGGAGAGGUUCGACGUGCGACACCACCGACGAUAUGUAUAGUGAUGUCUCUCUCGAAGACGACGUUCUCGAUCUCAAUCACAGGGUCCAAAUGAUUCAGGAGCAGAUGCAUGUUUUGGUCGAUACGCAGUCCGUUGGUGAGGAAAGAUAUGCCAGGGCAAAGCAGGAGAAUGCGACUCUUCAGGCGAGGAUACUUAUGUUGGAAGAAGCGGCCAAGGACGCGGAGACAAGAGCAGAGGAAAGACUGCAGGCAGAACAGAGAAGACAUAGAGAAUGGGCCAGUCGUCUGGAGCGAGAACGACAACUACAAUUAGAAAAUUAUGCGAUUAAACUUCAAGCAGUCGAAGUGGAAAGUUCCAGUUUACGAGACGAAGUUGGAAGAUUGCGCGAACAAAUGGAUCGCGCAAGAUCAGACAGAAUCAGGCUGGAAAACGAGAGGGAGGAGGCCAAGCGAGAAGCUGAAUUAGCUCGAGAAGCGGAGAGGCUCGCGUUGUGCCGAGCUAACGAGGCUCACAGUUUGCUGGAAGUCGCCAAAGAAGAAUUUGGGGCUAGAGCCGAAGAUCAACAGAGACUCGAGGAACUCGAACAGCAGGUGGUGAAGCUUCGUGCGCGAAACAAAAGCUUGGAAGAGUCGCGAGACGAAUUGCAAGCUGCGGCAGCACUGCAGGCGGGUCGUGAACUCCUGAUGAUGAAUCCUUGCGCCAAUGACGUGGAAAGGGGACCGAGUCUCGCAGCAGAAUUACUAGCUGGAAUGGAUCAAGAUCAGAGGGACGGGCAGUUAGUAGCUGAUCCCGGAGAACCCUGCACCAUUUUCGAGAUGAGGCAGGCUCUGAAAGAACAACAAGAGGUCAACACUCAACUGCGAGCCUAUAUCGACGGCAUUUUAUUAAAUAUUGUUGAAAAUUAUCCUGAACUGCUGGAAGUUAAGCAAAGGCGUUAGAACCUCCUCCAAAUAAGAGCGAGUGACAGGGAGUCAUCGAAUUUUACGCGUGGCCCGUCGACGCAGUACUAUGUUAAUCCUCUAUACCGAGAUGAUCCGAUGCGAAUCGUUAUACAUAUUUAUAUAAUUUAUUUUGUAUCUCAUCCUUGAGUUGACGAUCCAUGCUUGAGGAAUGUGAUAUCCGUCCAUGCGAGGUUCUAACGGAGAACUCUCAAGCUAUUCGGUCACAGCCGCAAAAAUGUCAGUCGUCGUUGCUGCAAAAUAUCAUCCACUUGUCAUCCCUUUGGCAACUACAGUAUAAAGAAUAUAAAGAGAAGGUAGCAACGCGAUAUUAACUUAUUCCCAUGGGAACGGAAUCGAAAGCAAGCGGGCAUCUUUCGUUCUUUUAUAUGUAUAUCAAAAUAUUUGGUACAGAUUUGUAGCAAGGAUAUACGGACCAGGAACAGCAAUACAUUGUUGUUUAUAAAUAAUAUAGUGAAUUUGAUGCAAUUUAUGCAUGGCGAUGUAUGUACGAGAGAGACAGAAGAGAGAGAGGGGGGGGAGAGAAUAUUGAAAAUUAAGGAAAUUAUUUUGAAGUAUUAAGGAAUCUCUACAGAGAGAUGAAUGCGAUAUUGUCCUUUUUGUUUUCUCAAUGCCAGUUAAUAAAAUCGCAGAAGUUGAGCGAGAAUUCUUUGAUAUUAUAGCGCUCAAUUGAUCGUCAAUUACUUAUUUACUUAAUUACUCGCUCACUUAUUCAUCUACUUGCCUACACGCCUUGAUAAGCUCAGCUAUACAAAGUUACCUGAAUGGCGUCAAAGGUACAAGGACGAUAUGUAAUAAAAGGUAAUACGUAUCACGAAAUCUGUGAUGGGAUAAAAAUUACCUAUUAAUAUAACGUUUAGUAUCUAUACUCCUAUGGUAUUCUGUAUCCUAGGACUUUACAUUGCAAACUAUUAAUGUUAUCAUGAUUAAAUGGUUAUAUUUUGAUACCA